GGCCGCCUUUCCUCAACACGCAGCGGCGCCCGCAAAGCCUCCGCCAGCCUCACGCCCCGCCCGCGUCCCACCCCGGGGCUGCCUUGCCGCGGCCCCGCCCGCGCGGCUUGAAGUAGGGCAGAGGUGAAACGGGGCGGGCGGUGCGCGGGACGGGGCUGCAUCAUGGAGAAGCAGGUGGUCUCGUCCUCCGAGGAGCGAACCUUCCAGUACCAGGACUCCCUGCCUUCCCUGCCUGUGCCUUCUCUGGAGGAAUCUUUAAGUAAAUACCUUGAUUCAGUGAAGCCAUUUCUAAAUCAAGAAGAAUAUAAAAGAACUGAAGAUGUAGUUAAAAAAUUUGAAAAUGGGAUUGGGAAAGAGUUGCAUCAGAAAUUACUGGAAAGAGCUAAAACAAGAAGGAAUUGGCUGGAGGACUGGUGGCUGAAUGUGGCUUAUCUUGAUCUUCGCAUAUCAACACAAAUACACUGUAAUAUGGGAGGUGCUGCUCCCUUUAUUGAACACUGCUGGCCACCUAAAGAGGGCACUCAGAUAGAAAGAGCAUGUGUGAAUAUAUGGCACAACCUGAAAUUGUGGGAGCUAUUAAGAACAGAGAAGAUGCCUGUAGAAAGAGCUGGGAAUGCUGUUCUGGAUAUGAACCAAUUUCGAAUGCUCUUCUGCACUUGCAGAAUUCCUGGAGUUAACAGAGACUCUAUCGGCAGUUAUUUUAAAACUGAGACUGAAGGUGAAUGUCCAUCUCACUUAAUAGUCCUGUGUCGAGGUCGAGUGUUUUCAUUUGAUGCUAUACAUGAAGGCAAUAUGAUGACUCCUCCAGAGAUUUUCAGGCAACUUGCAUAUAUCCAGAAAAUAUGUCAUAGUGAACCCGAUGGACCAGGACUGGCAGCCUUAACAAGCAGCGGAAGGACAGAAUGGGCAAAGUUACGUGAAUAUUUGAUUGAUCUUGAUCCAAAGAACUUAGCUCUUCUGGAAAAAAUUCAGAGAAGUUUGUUUGUAGUCUGCCUGGAUGAUGCUAGUCCCCAUGCAACUCCUGAAGACUACAGUGAGGUUACAAGGCUGGGGCUAACGGGUGACCCAACUCUACGCUGGGGAGAUAAAUCCUACAAUGCAAUAGCCUUUUCCAAUGGAACCUGUAGCAUGUUCUCUGAUCAUUCUUCUUUGGAUGGCAUGGCUUUGAUUACUCUGUCUACUUAUGUCGAAAAGAAGAUAUUUGAAACUGAGGGAAAAUGGAAGGGAUCAGAUAAAGUGAGGGAUCUUCCAUGGCCAGAGGAACUUGUAUUCACAGUGGAUCAAAAAGUUCUAAGUGGAAUUAGACGUGCUAAAGAGUUGUAUUACGAUAAGGUGUCUGACUUGCAGCUGGUGAAUUAUGCCUUCACAUCCUUUGGCAAAGCAUUGAUUAAGAAGAAGGAACUUCAUCCUGAUACAUUUGUGCAACUUGCCCUUCAGCUGGCUUAUUACAAAAAUCAUGGGCGUCCGGGUUGCUGUUAUGAAACUGCCAUGACCAGGCGUUUCUAUCAUGGCCGCACAGAGACCAUAAGAUCGUGUACUGUGGAAGCAGUGGAGUGGUGCAAAUCCAUGCUGGAUCCUUCUGACAGUAAUUAUCACCGACUACAGUUGAUGCAUAAGGCAUUUGCAAAGCACAAUAAAAUGAGGAAAGAAUGUGAGAAUGGAAAAGGCUUUGAUCGUCAUCUUCUGGGUCUCCAAAUAAUAGCACAGGAGCAAGGACUGCCAGUGCCAGAACUUUAUUUGGAUAAGGCCUUCACAGCUAGUGGAGGAGGUGGGAAUUUUGUUCUUUCGACUAGUCUGACUGGCUACUAUAGGUUUAAUGGAUGUGCGCUCCCCAUGGUGCGUCAUGGUUAUGGCUUUUUUUAUAGCAUCAGAGAUGACAGGAUCCUUGCUGUCUGUUCUUCUUGGAACUCCUGUCCAGAGACUGACGCAGAAGUGCUGUGUAGAACUGUGUUCCAGUGUUUCCAGGACAUGCUACAGUUAACAGUUGCAGCUCACCUGUAAGGUUUAUAAUGAUGCAGAAGCCUUUACAAGCUCACAAAGUUAUGUGUAUUACUUAUUAAUGAAAUGAUGCUCAAGAAUACUGUUAUAUUCAAGUUGGGACAUGUAAUGAGCUGUGUGAAGUCUAUAAUUUUUAUGGGAUUUACCAUGGUAACAGUACCCAGUUAAAAGUAACAUAGCCAUUUGCAACAACAAUGCAAGCAGUAGUACCUUAUCUGUGUAGAACUAUGCAAUAUUGAAAUAUGCCUCAACAAUGCAAACAUACUUGAGAGACAGGGUGUUGGAAGUGGAGAAUUUAUGGGAGACUUGUAUUUAUCAUCCUAGCAGUAACAGUUGGAAUACUUUGUAGUCUACUGAUAUUGUUUAUGCCAGCAGAGCACUUAACUGCUUACUUAAGAGUAACCACAGGGUCCUCAUGGGUGAUUAUGCUUCCUGUUCCCAGUGGUUUAUGAAGUAGAAGGACUGCUUCCAUCGGGCUGUAUGUUAUUUUAUAAGUUAUCUUCUAUUUUUGCUGUCAGGAUUAUACCAAAUAAAUGUUGUAUCCAUGAAUGGGGAUGGUCUACAGUUGUAGUAUGAAAGUACUGCCAUCUCAAGUAUUUUGAAAAAGGAGCUCUUGAUAAUAAAGACAGCAGCAUAUGAGUUCUGAAUUCCAGAGUUUUCAUCUGGUAGCGAACUGUGAAUGUCUGCUGUUUUAUACUAAUAAUACGUGAUAAAAGUAAGCACUGAAUACAGUUUACGAUUCUCAGGAUUUUAAGACUUGAUUCCUCUGUUUGAGCAGCUUUGUAUUUUCCUGUCAUAGAAAUAAAAUUCUUCUGAAAAUCAA